CAUUCGAGGUAGGGAGAACGACCUGGGAAGCGGAAUCCACGCCUGGCUGGACAUCCGUGGACCCCUCUGCUGACCCUCCCUCUCACCUAAACCCCGCACUGUAGAAGUCACUGCAUCCCUGCAGCACAACAAGGAAGCCUCUGGCACUUCGAUGUCUGGUGUCAAGUUAUGGCCCCAUGGUACCCCUGCUUCUCUCGUGCACCCGGAUGAGUUGAAGAAUCCAAAGUUUGUGGACAAAGGCGGGUUCGGUGCGGUGUUCCGGGCACAACACACGACGUGGGGCCAUGAUGUGGCGGUCAAGAUUGUGAACUCGAAGGCCCUAUCCAGGGAGGUAAAGGCAAUGGCCAGUCUGUGUAACCAGCACAUGUUGCUCCUGCUGGGAACCAUCGAGAACCUGGAGUGGGACUACGUGUCUGGGCCGGCUCUGGUGACAGGCUUCAUGGAGAACGGCUCCCUCGCUGGGCUGCUGCAGCCCAAGUGCCCUAGGCCCUGGCCACUCCUCUGCCGCCUACUGCAAGAACUGGUACUAGGGAUGUGUUAUCUGCACAGCCUGAACCCCGUGCUCCUGCACCGGGACCUCAAGCCCUCCAAUGUUCUGCUGGAUCCAGAGCUACACGCCAAGCUAGCAGAUUUUGGCCUGUCUACAUUUCAGGGAGGGUCGCAGUCAGAAGCAGGGUCCAAGUAUCCAGGAGGCACGCUAGCCUACUUGGCCCCAGAACUACUUGCUAAUGUAAACCGGAAGGCCUCCACAGCCAGUGAUGUCUACAGCUUUGGGAUCCUCAUGUGGGCAGUGCUAGCUGGAAGAGAAGCCGAAUUGGUAGACUAGACAUCACUAGUUUAUGGAGCAGUGUGUGAAAGGCAGAAUCGGCCCCCAUUGGCAGAGAUGCCGCCAUCCAGUACUGACACUCCUGGUUUGGAAGGACUCAAGGAGUUAAUGCAGCAGUGCUGGAGUGAUGACCCCAAGGAUAGGCCAUCCUUCCAGGAUUGCCGACCAAAAACCAAUGAUGCCUACAUCCUGGUGCAAAACAAGGCAGAUGCUGCUGUGUCUGAGGUGAAGAACUUUCUGUCUGAGCACAGAAGCAGCAACAGAAAAUUGUCCGUCUCGGAGUCAGGCCAAAGAGGUACAGAAUUAGAUGGCCUUGGGGCAACCCCAAGAAACCAAUACCUAUGUACUGAUCCCAUAAUUUCUGAGAUGCUGAACAACCUGAAUCUGGAGGGAUCGUCCAGCCCAGUUCCUGAAAAAUGCACAAGCCUUACCAGGAAGAGCAGGGAACAGGCAGAACAGAUUGGUGGUGCCAGAACAGCAGAGACAUCUUCAAAUACAGUAACUGGAACUUCCCAAGCUCGUGAUACUCUCCCUUUCAGAGGCCAGAUACCCAGCUCAGUCUUAACUGGGACUCCAGGUCCUGGCCCCCAAAAGAAUCAGGGGGAUGAGAGACAUAGCACCAAUUGGUCUUCUUGGACCCCAGGGCCAAACCCUCCAGCAGGGCCAUGGACUGUUACCAUCAAUAACAGCUCUCAAGUGCAAAUUGGAAACAACUACUUGACUAUACAACCAACAACUGCCUUCCCCAACCAGGGCCCGACACCCUCUGGCAGGGGUUGGGGCUGGCAGCUCUUCUACCAGUAGAUUCCAGAGAGGAUCUGCAAGCGCUCUCUGUGGAGUGGGCCACAGAGCCGGUAUAAUCAUCCUGGAAUUAAAGCAUAUUCUAAGCCAUUGGGAGAGGCUGAGACAUCCAGUGUCAUUUCCCUUCUGUGGCCCUCAACAUUCUUUGAUAGCAGUUAGGCCUACACCCUAACUGACUUUGUGAUCUACCACUCAAGAGUCAAUAAACAUCAUGAAAUGUUA